CGUGUUUAAACCAGCAGCUGACCAUGACUGUUGUCUGAUAAGCUUGGACAUUGGAUUGCUUUUAGCUUGGAUUAGUAUUCAAAGGAACACAACCUACCAAGGCUGAAGCAAUGGGUCCAGCACUAGUGGUCGUACUGUUGUUUUCAGCAUCGCUGCUCUCCAGUGGUGAUGGUGGAAAAGUGCUGGUUUUCCCAGUGGAUGGGAGUCACUGGCUGAAUAUGAAAAUCCUUUUGGAGGCAUUACAUUUUCGGGGACAUCAAAUUACAGUGCUCCGUUCAUUAACCAGCUGGUAUGUUUCUGAAUUUUCACCCCUUUAUACAUCCAUUACAAUUGCCCAGGAACAGCCUCAAAAUAUCGAGAGCCAAGAUGUCAUGACCUCUUUCCUAGAGAGAUCUAUGGAGAUCCAUCGACAUGAAGGCACAUUAUGGGCUUUUUUUGAGUUUUACAGGAAUCUUUUCAACUUCUUGGGGGACAACCAGAAGGAUGUGGCAAAGAUGGUCUCCAGCAUAUUUGAGAAUAAGACACUGAUCAGGCAGCUGAAUAAAACUGGUUAUGAUCUUUUUCUGACAGACCCUGCUUUCCCAGGAGGAGUGCUGCUGGCACACCAUCUCAAGCUUCCCUUGGUUUUCAAUGUACGCUGGAUUUUCAGUGGAGAGGGUCAUUUUGCUAUUGCUCCAUCUCCACUGUCCUAUGUUCCUGCAGUGUUCUCCCAUUUCUCUGAGAAAAUGAACUUUUUCGAAAGAGUCCAAAAUAUUAUCUUUCAAGGCAUGUUGGUCUACAUGCACUACUUUGUCAGUAAUCCACCAUACAAGGCCUUGUGUGAUAAAUACUUUGGAGAUAACAUAAGUCCCUUGUCUCUGAUACAAGCUGCAGACCUCUGGCUAAUGCGGGUUGAUUUUACCUUUGAGCUCCCUCGCCCCACUAUGCCCAAUGUCAUCUACAUUGGAGGCUUCCAAGGGAAACCUUCCAAGGCUCUGCCGUCAGAUUUAGAGGAGUUUUUGCAGAGCUCUGGUGAACAUGGAGUAAUUGUGAUGACUCUGGGCACUCUGCUGAGUGAUCUUGGCCCUGACCUGUCAGAAACAUUUGCAUCAGCAUUUGCCAGCCUCCCUCAGAAAGUUGUGUGGAGACAUAUUGGUAAACGACCAGCUGCUUUACGGAACAACACCAGGCUAAUAGAAUGGUUGCCUCAAAACGAUAUCCUUGGCCAUCCUAAAACAAAGGUAUUCAUCACACAUGGUGGCACUAAUGGCAUUUACCAGGCCAUCUACCAUGGUGUACCAGUUCUAGGUAUUCCACUCAUCUUUGACCAGUACGACAACAUCAUCCGUCUGAAGGCCCGAGGUGUGGCUGAGAUAGCUGAUGUGAGAACAAUGACUGUUGACUCUCUGACAAGUGCUCUGAAGAACCUUUUAGACCCAGAAAAGCCCUUCAAGCAGAACAUGAUCAAACUGUCAACGCUUCAUCAUGACAAACCAAUGAAACCCAUUGACAGUGCUGUAUUCUGGAUGGAGUAUGUCAUGAGGCACAGGGGUGCAAGAGACUUGCGCUCUGAGUUUUAUAAGCUGCCCUGGUAUGCCUACUAUUGUCUAGAUGUGAUGGCAUUCUGUGUAGCAAUCAUGUUGCUCAUCAUUUCCUUGAUCUGGGUUUCCUGUAGAAGCUGCAUUACCAGUUUGAUAAGAAACAGGAAAUCAACGCUUGAAAAGAGGAAAUGAUAAGAAAUGCAGCUUGUUACUGUAGGUAAACAAUAGCGAGGACCUGUGGAGAAUGGCGUGCAUCACCAUUUAAAUGUAGUUGAGAUGGCCGUGAUGGGCUGCAAAUCUAUGAUGAGAAGUUCAGAGAAGCAAUUUUUUAAUGAUUCAUUAUUCUCACAUUUUAUAUUCAGUGUGACAAUAACAACGCAUCUUCAAAUGGGUUUAGGUUGUUAUUUUUCUUUCAUGUUAAAUCUGUGUUACACCAUCUGAAAUUUUGAACUUCGAAUAAUAAAAUAAAUACUUGCAGGUGAUUUGUAGAA